UUGGCCGGGCGGUGUGUCGCUCAGCCGCCUCAGGGGCCGCCGCUGCGCGGAGGCGCUGUGAUGGCGGCGGGGGAGGCGGUGAGCGGGGCCGGGCUGGUGGCCGAGGCCCUCCGAGCUCAAAAUAUUGAAUACAUGUUUGGCAUUGUUGGUAUUCCAAUCACAGAAAUCGCAGUUGCAGCCCAAGCAGUUGGAAUCAAAUACAUAGGAAUGAGAAAUGAACAAGCUGCCUGUUACGCUGCAUCUGCUAUUGGAUAUUUGACUGGCAGGCCAGGAGUAUGUCUUGUAGUGUCUGGUCCAGGUUUUUUACAUGCCCUUGGUGGGAUGGCAAAUGCAACCGUGAACUGCUGGCCUUUGAUUGUUAUUGGAGGGUCUUCUGACAGAAAUCAGGAAACCAUGGGAGCUUUCCAAGAAUUUCCACAGGUUGAAGCUGGUAGGCUGUACAACAAACUGUCUGUCCGCCCAAGCAGCCUAGAAGUAAUUCCUGCUGUUAUUGAAAAGGCUGUAAGAACCAGCAUGUAUGGUCGUCCAGGUUCCUGCUAUAUUGACAUACCUGGAUUUGUGAAUCUUGAGGUGAAUAAGAACUCCAUCAAAUACGUAGAAUGCUGCCCUCCACCUCCCAUCAGCAUGGCUGAACACUCUGCUGUAUCCAAGGCAGUAUCUGUCAUCGCUCAUGCCAAGCAGCCUCUGUUAAUCAUUGGCAAAGGUGCUGCUUAUUCACAUGCUGAAAACAACAUCAGAAAGUUGGUGGACCUUUGUGGACUGCCUUUUUUGCCUACGCCAAUGGCAAAAGGAGUAGUUCCUGAUAACCAUCCAAAUUGUGUAGCUGCAGCAAGAUCCACGGCAUUACAGCAUGCUGAUGUAGUCAUCUUGCUUGGUGCAAGGUUGAACUGGAUUUUGCUUGGUCUUCCGCCAAGGUUUCGACAAGAUGUAAAGGUUAUUCAGAUUGAUAUUUGUGCAGAAGAGCUGGGGAAUAAUGUGAGACCAGCUGCAGUUUUACUAGGUGACAUAAAUGCCGUGACUAAGCAGCUUUUAGAAGAAUUCAGCAAAAGACCAUUGAAAUAUCCUUCUAACACAGAGUGGUGGAAGAAACUAAGAGAGAAAAUAAAGAACAAUGAGGAAAGAUCAAAGGCAUUAGCAUUACAGAAAUCCCUGCCUAUGAAUUACUACACAGUCUUUCAUCACAUCAGAGAACUGAUACCCAAGGACAGCAUUUUAGUAAGUGAGGGAGCAAACACCAUGGACAUCGGACGAACUAUGCUUCCUAAUUAUUAUCCCCGUCAAAGGCUUGAUGCAGGUACUUUUGGAACAAUGGGAGUUGGACUGGGUUUUGCCAUAGCAGCUGCACUGGUAGCUAAAGACCGAACACCUGAAAAGCGAGUCAUCUGCAUAGAAGGAGAUAGUGCUUUUGGAUUUUCUGGGAUGGAAGUGGAAACAAUUUGCAGAUACAACUUGCCAAUCCUGAUUAUUGUGGUAAACAACAACGGGAUUUACACUGGUUUGAAUGCGGAUAACUGGAAAGAGAUGUUACAAUAUGGAGAUCCUGCUACAUGUGUACCUCCAGUUUCUCUCCUGCCAAAUUCACACUAUGAGGAAAUUAUGUCUGCGUUUGGUGGUAAAGGAUAUUUUGUUAAAACACCAGAAGAAUUGCAGAAAGCUCUGAAAGCAAGUGUGACUGACAAGCAAACACCUUCUCUUAUAAAUGUAAUGAUUGAUCCACAGUCUGAAAGGAAGAAACAGGAAUUUCCCUGGCUUACUCGAUCUAACCUGUAAAAGAAGAUGAAGUUAAUGGCAGUGCAAGGCAAUGCAUUACGAAAAACUAAGUUGGUUUCCAGAAGUGAAACCAGUGCAAUUCUUUUACAUAAACAGUGGAAUAAUGGGAUUUAAAAAAAAAUGAUAUUAAAGUAAUCUUUAAGUGCUGAAAUCAGGUAACUGUACAAUGAACAAGACAUAUUUUAAUGCAUAGUAGGCUUUCUAUGCUGAGCGCACAGAACCACUGAUGAUAAAACUGUGUAAUUUUUCUUUUACUCAAAGUCAUAUCCAUCAAGAUUUGUGAAUUAAUAUCUAAAUUAUCUUAGCUCUGGAAGAAGGGAAUAAGCUGAUGGUUUUUACUGUUAGAAACACCGAAGUCUGCAAUUACAGUAGCUUCAUUUUUAACUGACCAUCAUGCUACUUGUUGGAGACCUGAUCUUGUAAUGACCAAAAUGAAGUAUCUUAUUAUGAAAGUGCUCAUUGGCCUCGUUGUGCACUGAAGCCCACAGGGGAGAUAGUCUCUUCAUAAUUUUACAUGAUGCUUUUUCAGCUUCUACUCCAGGUAGAAAUAGUGUAUCAAAAAUGUGAGCCUGCUCAAGGACUGAGUUCGUCUAUUGCAUUUGGGUUUUGAUGGCCUGUUAAUUGGGGAUUCUGGUGCUUGCAGGAAAAAACACUAAAAUUUUGUUUGAAGUUUUACUCUUUGCAAAAGCACUAACGUCCCUGUAAGCAGAAAAUGGGACUGAACUUAUUAAUGAGCUUUCCAGGAUUCAGAGGCUGUAUAUCCUUAUAAGCAUUUAAAAAUAAGAAAAGAAAAGAAAAGAAAAGAAAAUGAAAGAGAAUGUUAGCUGGAGCUUAAUGUUUAGUUUGGCUGGCAUCACAAAGCAACUGCCCUAUGCCUGGUUAAUUGUGCAACAAAGGCUCUUCCAUACGGUGUAUUUACUGUAUAGAAACUUGAAAGAAAAAAAAAGUGAAAAGAAUAGUGUCCAGCUCCCACUGAAUGCGAUACAGAGCUGAGAUUUUAAAAAGCAAAGAUUGGCCUACUCCAGGCUGUAUCUACUGUGUUUUCGCCUUGCAUCUGACAAUCUGACUUAGAGCUCGGACUUUAAAAGUAGCUCUUUCUCUGUGCUUCGGUCACAGUGGCCUACAGCAACUACAUUCAGUAUACAGUAAGCAAGUCACUUUUUAUGUUCUUAAAUACACUGGCAGAUUCUUUGUUGUUCUGUAUGUAUGACAAAAUUCUGGCUUUGACUGGGUUUUGGUUACUUUAUGGUCAGUUAUUCCAGUAACAUUCAAUAUUAAUUAACUAAUGAAAGGCAUUUGGAUGACUGAAGAAAGAGAAGGACUGGGCUGGCAGGAGAUCCUGGGCUACAGUUAGAUUUGCUGCAAAAAACUUAGCUUGUUAGUUCUUACACUUCAGUCUGGGUCUGGCAGGAGGCUGUGGGUUACUGUGAGGCAGAGUAUUAUCUCGGCACGCUUCUGUCUGACAUGAGGCAGUACUGCACACUACUGGAGAUAACACUACUUGCUGUGUGUUUGGCAAUAACCAUGCGGCAUGUGAAAACUUGAGUAUAAGACUGCUGAGACGGCAGAGUUGCUGUGUUCUGUAGGGUCUUCUGCAGGGAGCGUGGAACGACAUUGGAUCUUGGCACAGAUUUUGUUUCACUCUUCCUUCUAACUUCCACAAAUUGAUUUUAAUAUGUUACCUUGAUUUUAAUAUGUUAACUGAUGUUAAUGUGUUUAACUGAUUAAACACACCGUAUUUUGAUGAUGUGAAAUGUUCAUAAGAGAUAAUGUUGGGACUAACCAGACGGGAGGUCGUUUUUAUUGGAUAAGCAAAUGCAGAAAUUCUUGUUUUAUAUUUAAAAAUUAAUAAAAAAUUGUUUUCAUGGUG